AUGACCAACACUCAGUUUGGCGAAGAAUGCGACAUUGUCGCUGUCCUGACCCCUAAGCCUGGCAAAUUGGAUCGAGUUGCUGAGCUUCUCACCAAGCUUACCGCAUGUGUCAAGAAGAAUGAGCCCGGUGUUUUGAGUUUCCACUUGUACAAAGACUUCGAUCGUGAGACCGGUCAAGAGGAGCUGGUUCUGGUUGAGAAAUACGUCAACAAAGAGGCAUAUGAUCUUCACGCCGAACUGCCCGACUUCCAAGCCAUGCAUGCUACUUUCCGCUCCGAGGAACUCAUGGCCAAACCCAUCCUGAUCAAGAGUGUGAAGCCAUUGAACAACCCCCCAGUACUAGCUACUUUCUAUCAUCGUUCUACAUUCCUCCUUCCAUAUUCCAACUUCAAUACCGAACCACCAGUGAAGAGCAUAGUCGCAACCAUGAACAUCCGCACAACCGUUGAAGCAUUUUGUGCCGACUUCGCUAACGGAACCCACCCGACCACCAUCCUUGACUCGCGCUUCACUAGCAACCCUGAAAUCUACGAGUACGGUCCCAGCUGGGCACGAUCCCGACUUCCCUACCUGGGACGGUCCUGGACUGGACGACGGUCUUCACCUGCGCCGUCCUCCGAGGAGGACACCACUUGUGAUGCCUACUUCGACGUCCUCGGACAAACGCUCUUCUUCGAGCCGGACAAUCGGGAGCCGACCUCUCCGCCUGAUCAGUUCUUGGUCUCGACUUCGAAUGGGAGUGACGAUGCUGUCAUGGUCAAACUGACUUCGACAGUUGGAAGCAAUGCGACGGGAAAUAAGUGGGUGGAGACAUUCGUGUUUUUGUUUGGAAAGUUUGAUGCCCAGGGUAGGAUUGGCAAGUUGGAAAUUUGGUCGGAUUCGUUGAGUGCUUGGGUGAAUUCUGAGUAG